AUGGUGGUGAUUGAGCCGGUGCCUUCCACCGAUAUUGAACCAGAAUCGUCAAAUUCAACCACCGCCAGAGUAGAUUCGAGCAAUAACAAUAGAGCAAAUGUCGAUGGAGUAGAUUCGAGAAAUGGUGAUAAAGCAACAGCCGCCGGAUACGCAUCCGACGGAUACGAAACGGCAAGCGAGACGAAAGUUGGCGAUGAUGAGACUGUUUCUGACAAGAAUGAUACACGGAACGCCGUUGGAAAUUAUCAGAAACACAAAUUGGAAGAGAUAUCUGUGGUGUCGAAGGAUCAGACUUAUGAAGAUGCACUUAAUGAGGAUGAACUCAAGCAGAAAAUUUUAGCUCAAAUGAAUGAGGCAAAAGUUGAAGGAAAUAAGUUAUUUGGAGAUGGUCUGUAUCAAGAGGCAUUAUUGAAGUAUGAUUAUGCUAUCCAACUUGCACCUGAGAUGUCCUCUUCUUCUGAAAUUAGGUCAAUAUGUCAUAAUAAUCGAGCUACAUGUUUCUGUAAGCUGGGAAACUACGAGGAUACAAUUAAAGAAUGUACCAAGGCAUUGGAGAUAAAUCCUACAUACAUGAAAGCUCUGCUUAGACGAGGAGAGGCCCAUGAAAAGCUUAAAAACUAUGAUGAGGCUAUUGCUGAUAUGAAGAAAAUCUUGGAGUUGGAUCCUUCAAAUCACCAAGCUAAGAGAACCAUUAUCCGUUUAGAGCCAUUGGCUAUAGAAAAGCGUGAAAAAAUGAAGGAAGAGAUGAUUGGGAAGUUGAAAGAUAUGGGCAACACUAUUCUGGGAAAAUUUGGGAUGAGCGUCGACAACUUUAAAGCAGUGCAAGAUCCAAAUACGGGAUCAUAUUCUAUCUCGUUUCAGCGCUAGAGAUGGCUUCUGCGUGUUUAUAUAUAGCUGAAGAUAUCUAUGAGACUUUCUUUGGUAUUAAGAUUUCGGAAACAAACUGCAUCCAUGUUGGAGAUAUCGUGUUUUGUUUUUUCCGAUCCGUUAAAAGUUGGUUACCACUUG